AUGCCAUUCCGAAGUGCAACGUUCAUUGUGACGAUUGUCUUUGUCUUCAAUAAAGUAGCAGGCCAGCAUUUUUCCGUCGACCCUCCACACAAUGCCUUCUAUCUAUUCUCACCGGUGCCUUCAAAUUUGACCGAACAAAAGUUGUAUUUACAUGAUGACUGCCCCUCACAAAGCGAGCAAAUCGUCUCGGCCACUUAUGGGGGCAAAAAAUCGGCAGCUCGCUUGCAAGCGGCGCUACAUAACUAUAAUUGUGCGGUCUCGAUUCGAGUAGUGCAAGAUGUGAUUCGAUUGGACCGCCCUUUUAUUGAUGUUGUUGCUCAAUCGGAUGGAGCGGCACUAUCCUCUUUGCGACGGAGGCUUUGCGUAUCGGUACGGGUUAGUAGCCCAUCAGGUGCUACAGUAACAGCUCACUGUGAACUAAACCCGUUUGAAGAAACGCGACAUUCAUGUCUAGUUCGUAUUCAAGUCCCAUUCUCGUGGUUCGGCCAAAUUGGGGCCGACGCAACGAAACAAACGCUCUCAUUAACCCAUGUGACUGCCCCACAUUGCGAUGCACACUUCUAUGAACGACCACAGGUGCCCAUUUCCCUUCUCCCAUACCUUGAAGCCGCCCAGGCCCAUGUGCUCCGCAAAGAUGAUUCAUUGGAGCUGUCCCUGCUGUCGCGGUCAAACUUAUCAUUCUCGCUGAAUUCAUUGAAUUCAUUAUUCGUUCAUCUUUCGUAUAAUUUGAGCGAGGAAAAGGACAAAGAUCUGGAUGAGCUGGAGUUGAGGGUAUGGCUGGACUCGCGUUUUGAGGUAGUCAAUGCGGCUUCAUUGUCACCGGGAGCCUGGAGUGUGCGGCCAUUGUCCGCGCCGAGACCCCGGACACAUACCUCUUUUCUGUGCACACGAAUAGACCGCAAUUCCACCUUUGAUGGAUAUCUCUUCGCGCUUCUCCUCAAGCUGCGUGGCUCCGUAAUUAGUGAUGCGCGGCGGAAGGAGGUGCAGGAGGAUGUGGAGAGCGCGACGCUACACUGGGAGGUGCGGCUGAGUCCUCUUGGUGGUGCCCAAGGGAAUGGGAAUGGGACGAAGGUAGAGACUCAACGAGUCGCCACGCCAUUCCGGGUGGCUCCAGAUGUAAUUUAUGCCAUCGUGCCGAUAACCAAGUCAACAUCUCUUAUCAACACAGCUGUCCUCUCCGCAACACAAUACUCAAUCCCGAUGCGAAUUAUCUCGGUUACGAUUGGCGGCCUUACCCGAGACAUCACAGCUUUAUCGCAUUGCAUUAGCAGUGAGGUUAAAGUCAUCAAAACCAGCCCAACAUGUUCUUCGGUGUACGUGGACGGUUCGGAGUUGCGUGGCUCGCCGGCUGCCCGAGUCCACAUCCACUACGAGCAGUGGACAACGCAAGUGACAUUUGCAGUGUGGUUCCCAAGGGUUCCGGUUACGAUCUGGUUGAGCAAUCCAACUCUCCAUACAGUCAGUAAUUGGCCGGUGGCUGUUUGGAAACAACUGGAAACUGCUGGAGCUGCUCGCCAAUUUGGAUGUUCGGAAAGAUAUCAGCAUUCUGAGAUCCGAAUCUUGGCUUCAUUCCAAGUUGGUGACGAUAAAACGGGAGAGCGCCAUUAUCUAGCGGGAGGUCGAGAAACGCUCUUUGAUGUGACUCCAAUCGCCGCAGCCAGAGUCCACUCGGCAAACCGAUCAAUUGCUACAAUAAAAAAUGCAGAUGGAAAAUUAAUUGUCUAUGCCCAUGAACAAGGGACUUCAAGAAUUGUGCUUAAAUCUUCAAUACCACAAAUUGACUACGGGUCUAGUUUAUUAACGGUAACAAAUGAUGCGGUUUCCCUCAAACGUAUUUCCGCUUUGCCUAUCGUAGAGGUGGAGCCGCAUAUAAUUCCGAUAUCAGGUCAUAGAGCUCAGUAUUUCGUGCUUGCCAGGAUUCAGACUACAUUUACGCAUAAAUAUCAGCAUGGCGCCAUGGCGAUCCAUCUGACGUACAGUGAUGAUCAGACCGAAAGUCUGCUCGACAUUCCGCCAAGCGACUAUAGCCUUUCUGUCUUUUCAAGUGAAGAGCAUUGUUUAGCGGUCAGACAUGGGAAACUGCCGCCAGUUGAUCUGAUCGCGCUCGACGACCUAACAGAUGCGGAAGUUUCGAUCAAACUGCGCCCAUCUGAACAGUGUCGUGAUGUCGAAGGAGAUGCGCUUGCUUAUUUUGAACUACCAAUAUCAUUAACAUUUACUGUGGGUAGUCAUCGAAAUUCGACUGGUGGAUUGGCGAACACAACAGUAACCCCCUACGAAAACUACGGCUACCGCACUGCUUGGAGAGUGGAUAUGGUAGCUGCUGUAGUGGUGAUCACGCUGUUGCUGGUGCUCGUUUGUCGACUCUUUAGCCGGAAAACAAAGAGCUUUGAUGGCUAUGAAAAACUGGUGGUGCCUCUACUCUCGCGACUUUCCUCAAGCUCCUCGGGAGGCCAAGACGCGGAAGAGACCAAAGAAUGGGUUUGGAUUGGCCGACCAACCGAGCGACAGUUUUCCUAUCGUCACCAUAUUCCGAGUGCAACGAGUAGCCAUUCGGACGGUAUGCGGUCGCUCCCAGAGCGCAAUACUCGAUCCUCAGGUUCUAUCGACGAGCAACAACCCUCCAAUAUUUCCUACCGAGGGUCCGAGAUUAGCGUUUUUAUCUCGCCUCAGCCCAGUAUAUCCGUAUGCAACCAUCUAUUCUCACCUCCAGAUGCUCCGCUAUUUACCUCAUCACAUCACAAACGACAAUCAGUCCUUUCACAGGGAUGGCACUGGGGCAAAAAAGCGAUUAGCCCAAGCGAACGAAGACACGAUAAUGACUCGCAUACCUCCCGCUCCUACGAUGGCCCAACCUGGAGGACCCAACGCGAGCUCCCCUACACCCAGCUCCCAAUUACGGUCGACAACAAUCAAAAUUACCGAAAUUACGAACCGGAAAACACUACUGUAAUUCCGAAUUACUACAGCAUCCGGGAUGAGCUUCAAAGGGAAAAUUUGCGCUUCAACCGCCAGGAUUUCGUCAACAACAACUUUGUCUCACCUCCCGGCGAUCGAGCAAAAACUCCGUUGAGCCCGAAACACAUGAGGCAUUACACCCAUUCGAUGAGCAAAUCGGAUACGACGUCCCAUACUGGAGCGCUGAGCCACAGGGCAAUUGAGCCAAAGUCUCAAUCCUGCUAUCGAUUGAGCCAAGCCUCUUCGGAUCCGAUCACGAUCAAAUACCCUCCAAACUACAAGGGCCCCGAGCCGAAGCCUGCCACAUCUAAUGGAGUGGCAGCUAUUCAUCAGACGGCUAAGCAACUGCCAAUCGAGUCAAUCCAAGAGGUAGCCAGGCCAUCGGCUCGACGAACGGUCGUCCAAGCUUCAACUUCAGAACUCUUGAGAGCCUUGGGGAUUUUUGUUUUGGAAAGAUGCCCGGUACCCUCCUUCGAACCUGCACACGUCGUCAUUUGGUUGCGAACGGUGGACAGAGCACUUUUACUGCAGGGCUGGCAAGACGUGGCUUUUAUCAACCCGGCGAAUCUGGUCUUCGUUUAUCUGUUGGUGCGGGAUAUGUUGCCGAGCAAGGAAGUCGUUGGUACGCUAGAAGAGCUUCAUCAAUGGCUGCUGACCAGUUUAUACAUUGGGUAUUCGUAUAUGGGGAAUGAGAUCUCUUAUCCGUUGAAGCCAUUCGUCAUCGAAUCGGAUCGUUCCCGUUUUUGGGACCGCACCGUCGAAAUCAUUAAAGCCAAAUCAGCCGACAUGCUCCGCCUCAACUCCUCAUCCUCCUAUUUUGCCGAAGUAUUCACCGAAUUCAAGCGUUAUGCCGAGAUGUCA